AUGGACCGUGGUUUAUUGGAACUACGUUUGCAUGCAUAUGCCUGCGUUCUUUUAAAGAGAGAGUUGUUGACGAGCAACACUUUGGUUAAACUCACAUUAUCCGGUGAAUAUUGUCUUGAAGUCAAGGGUGUGUACUUCCCAGUGCUCAAAUCACUGUCUCUUGAAUUUCUGAAGCUUGAUUAUCCCGACUACCUCCUCGAUGGCUGCCCUACCUUGGAAGAACUAUUCGUAGCUGAUGAUGAUGACCAUUCAAAUCCUCUAUGUUGCGGUGCUGUCGUGAAAAGUGAAUCCCUCAAGCGGCUUGUGGUUUCUAUCGAUCUUCCUGAUUCUCAAGAGGAUCACAACUCAAUGCUCUUGGAUACACCAAGUCUGGUGUACCUUAAAUAUACUAGUUAUGUCUUUAAAGAACAUGAUGCUGUUGGUUUGGAUCUUCUUGUCGAAGCCAGACUAGAUCUCAGCUUAUGGGAGUCAACUAGCGAUUAUGAUGAUGAUCAUGAUGAUGAUGUUGAUGAUGAAGAAGAAGAGGAUAAUGAAACUGAUGAUGAUGAUGAUGAUGAACCAACGAUGCCUAUAUUUGGUGAUGUGACAAAGCUAGUUGUGGGUAUAACCAACAUUACGACCCUUCACUUGUCUGCUGAUUCCCUUGAGACGUUUCAUUUCUGUUGUGAAUCCAUGCCGGUGUUCAACAACCUUCUCAAUUUAUCUAUUGAGAGUGAUAAAGAAAAAGGUUGGCAAGUAAUGCCAAUUUUGCUCAAGAGUUGUCCAAGGCUACAAACUUUUGAAAUCAAG